CGAAAGACGCCAACAAUAAUUUUAGGUUAGAAACAGCACAAGUGACCUACGAAUUAGGUGCAAUCACCACUUUCUGUCAAUAACCUAACCUAACUCAUAAAAAAUGUAAAUAAACAAAAAUCAAAACAUGUCCAGUUUAAAAUGCCACAUAUGUUUCAAACAGGAUAAAUGUUUGUUUAGUGUACAAGAACAAGACGAAAAUUGUGUAAUUUUACUCACAAAAUUAGAAAACAUUGUGCCAGAACUAGCUUGGUAUAAUAGUUAUUUAAUUUGUAAACUGUGUAAAGAGCAAAUUGAGAACUGCUACAAUUUCAAAUUGUUUUGCUUAAGUUCGUCAACUAAACGAGACAGUGAACUUUUCGUUGUGCCACAAAAGAAUGAAGUGUGUAUUGAAAAUAUAGAUUUACAAUGUUUCGACUGUAAUAGUCAGUUUUAUGAUAAAGAUUUGCUGAGUGAACAUUUAACUACACAUCAAAACAAAGAGCUGGAUGUUAGUAAAUUGGAGUCGGCCUCAGAAGAAAAACCGGAACCAGCUAAAGAGAACAAAAGGCGUCAAACAACGUUAUUUACAUGUGAAAUAUGUGCGCAAACCUACAAGUUGAAAAAGAACUUAAUCAUACACUGCAGCGAGUCCCACAACUUGGAUGUAAAAACCAUAAGACCAUACACAUGUGCGAAUUGCCCCAAAAGGUUCAGGACGUCUGCGAAUUUGAUACAACACAGAAAAUACCAUGAGGGAGUGCGCUCCUACAUCUGCAGUUUCUGCGGCAAAGGUUACAUAACGCACAGUGAUCUGUUGUCGCACGAAAAAAUCCACCACAACAAAAGAAGUUACGGCUGCAACAUCUGCAACACGACCUACAACACGAACAAGGCGCUGCAGCAACACAAAUUCGUGGUGCACACCGACCCCAGCAACUGGAAGUACAGCUGCGACGUCUGUCUGAAACGGUUCCCUCUGAAGGGCGGUUACUCGGAGCACAUGAAGCGGCACGAAGGGGUGAAACAGCACUCCUGCUUGGUGUGUGGCAAACGGUUCGUCAGCAAGGUGGAGCUUUCGAAGCACAAGAAGCUGCAUUCCAACUUCCGGGGCUUCAAAUGUUCGCAGUGUCCGAAGGAAUACAAGGACAAGACGGACUUUUGUUGUAGGUUUUUGUAUGAGGUGCACCUCACAAAGGUGCAUGGUAUAGGUAACAAACCGGUGCCGGUCAGAGUGAAGAAGCACACGUGUCACAUUUGUCCCAGUUCGUUCUACGACAAGCACAAACUGGCCAGGCAUUUGUGCACGCAUUCUGGUGUAAAACCUUUCAGUUGUACCAUGUGUGACAAGAAAUUUACGGACAGGUCUUAUCUGAAUCAACACAUGAAGAAAAUCCAUGAAAUUACAAAAGGUGCCAUCACUUAAUUAUUAUAUCUAUU